AUGGCGACAAUUAAGAAAGCUAAAAUUAAACAGUUUUCGAUAUCUAUGGUACACGACGGCAAAACUAAGACAAGUUUUUGUUGGCGGCAUUUUGGUGAUCUGGUUAUCGAAGAGGAUAAUAAAAAAAAGAAAGUGUGCAAUGAUCAAGUGUUUUGUAAUGCAUGUUUGACUGUUGCUCAAGAAGAGAAUGAUGAUAUAUCAUUUGGAUUGGCUAAAAUAAAAUCUUACGUCAAAACUGUCAGCACAGGAAAUCUUAACAAACAUUUACGAGAUGUCCAUGACUUAAGAGAAGAAAGUUCUCAUAAAGCCACACAAAAUAUCACGCAGUUUUUUGAAGUGCGACCACGGCCACCACGCUCAGUAGCUGCUUCAAGUAGCUCAUUAACAAAGAGGAAAGAUUCAUGGUUACUUGCGCGAGAUAUGGCUCUCUGGUUUUGCAAGUCAUUGAUGCCAUUCGAUUCGGUGUCAGAUGAAGGCAUGAACGAUUUUUUUCAAAAAUAUGAUAUCAUCGCUAAUAAAGAAGAUAUGCCCUCCAGAGACACAGUGUCUCGUACUGCUCUCGAUGAUGUCUAUGAAAGUAUGCUGGACAAUGUGAAAGUUCAAAUCAAAACAGAUGUGGCUGGACAUGCAGCUAUUACAUUUGAUAUAUGGUCUGAUAAGUAUAGACAUCUAAACUACAUAACGUUAACUCUUCAUUAUUUAACCACUGAUUUUGAGCUCAAAUCAUUCACAUUGUGCACUAAACUUAUCGAGGGCAAGAAAACUGGCGAGAAAAUACAAGCGAUAUUACUUGACAUAAAAGAAUGCUUUGAUCUUCAAGAAAAAGUACUUCACUCUGUGACGGAUGCCGGGUCAAAUGUUAAACGCGCCGUUUCGCUUGCCGCUCUGGACAGCCAUUUGUGCUUAGGGCAUGGACUACAUAACCUGGUAACUGUUGAUGGUAUUGGCAGUGUUCCUGAAUUAGAUAAAUUAAUAAAAAAAUGUAAAAAGAUCGUAAAAACCGUUCGGUAUCGCUUACCCGAAUUGGAGCGAGCGGCAGAAAAAGAACAAAUUGAAUUUUUACAGUCUUUGGAGCGCGUAUCAGAACAUUUGGAGAUGGACGAGAAUGAACCAAUUAUUGAUGAUGAGGGGUCAGAGUCUAAUUCAGUUUCAGGACUACAAACAAGCGAUGAAUUUGGUAACAUGAAUCAUGUACCAAGCAUCAAAACAUCUUCGCCAACCCGUUGGCAUAGUAUGCUAGCUAUGCUAGAAAGUCUAGCACACUUUUGCAACAGAAAUCCUGUUAAUCGUAUGUUGUCACAGAUCAGUCAACAUGAUUUAAAAAUUUACCAGCAAGAGUGGAACUUAUUAGAAGAUCUAAUUAGAUUUUUACGUAAGUUCCGCGAGGUCGUGGAAAUGCUAUCGACACAAAAGACAGCUUCGCUUAAUUUGGCCCUGGUGUUUCAUUUGGAAAUUAGAGAUAUCCUCAAUUCUUUGUCUGACGAAGAAACACUAAUAAUGCUAACACUGAAAAAUAAUAUGUUAGCAAAAUUAGACAAAAGGUUCCCAAUUACCGAUAAAAUUGUAGUUGCGGCACUGUUGGAUCCUCGUUUCAUAAAUUUAAGUCAGAUUGAUACGUACCUCGAACAAAAAAAUACUACUCGUGCUGCAUUUCUAGCAGAGUACAUAAAAAUACAUAUUUCAGGUGAAUCCACGACCAUGGCCACAUUAGCUCCUGCUGUUAUUACUAGUUUUUCCAAUGAAUCUGUUUUGUCAAAGCUUUCGAAAAAACACAGCUGCAGCGGCACCUCUUCUAUUUUAACUUCUACUGAGUGUAAUGAAGCUGAUCAAGAAUGCUGGAUGUACUUGGCAGCUGCUAAUGCUUGUGAUGUUAAAGACGACGACAUUUUAAAUUAUUGGCAAAAUAAGAAAAAAACAUUUCCGCUCUUGAGCGAACUUGCGAGGAUAAUGCUGGCAAUUCCUGCUACCAGCACGCCAAGCGAGCGCGUUUUUUCUAUAGCGGGACUAACUGUGACUGUUAAAAGGUCUAGACUAAGCCCAGUACGCGUUAAUAAAAUUAUUUAUAUUCACGAUAAUUAUACAUUGUGCAAAAAACACAAUUUUAAUUUCUUAUAA